UUAGAGCGCUGUAAGCUCGCGCCCUCGGAGGGCCAGCAGUACCCCCCGGGCUAAAGCGCUGGCGGCAGUCCGCCCUGAAGGCUGCCCCGACAUGCCCUCGUUCGUGGAGGAGCCCGCUCGCCUCUCCAAGCGGAGGCUCCGGCAGGAGCUGGCGGCGGACGGCGGGAAGGAGGCGUACACUGGGCGCUGCCGUAGGCACGUCGCCCCUAGCCCGGGCGCCGGCUUCUCAAGCGAUGAGGACGAAGGACAGGGGCCGGCGGGCGACGGCGGCGAAGAAGCCGGCAUUCAGGACGAAGGGCAGAACCAGGAGUUGGAAGUGAUGGAUGUGAGCCAGCUGACUGACACGGAGCUGAAGGCCAGGCUGCUCCAGUACGGUGUUAAUGUUGGGCCCAUCGUCGCUUCCACCAGAACUCUGUAUGAGAAAAAGCUGCGGGUAUUACUGAAGCCUGUCUCACAGCCCCCACUCAAUGGUGCUGGAUAUGCAGCCCAGUACUCUGAUGUCGAGGAGGAUGAGGAUGAUGAUGCUGAUGACGAAGAACAUGAUUAUGGCUCGGUACACGCAGGGGGCCACCUGGAGGCUGACGAGGAGCAGGACCAAGUGGGGGACAGCCCGGUGGGGCUGCGCUCUCAGGGUGACGGCAGAUACUAUCCCCAGUGUUUUUUACCCCCUUCUGGAAUGGGGGAUCCCAUCAGCCUGACACGCCGUGGUGCAGCGAGGAGCCGGGCACAGGCGUCCAGACCCCAGACUGCAUCAGUGAUGAGUCCCCGGCACGCAUCUGUAGACGAGCUCAGGUCCCCCCGUUGCGCCUUCCAGUCCUUCAGCAUCACUGAACUGGUCGAAGAGCUGGAAAGCAGGAGCCCUGACAUCAGCAAAGGGGCGACAGGCAGCAAGGACCUGAUGAAGGACAGAAACGCCACGAGCAAAUCGCCGGCCUUCAGUCCCAAACCAUCUGUGUUCAGACCUCAGUUCAAGGCAAAUGAGCCUGUGAGUGAUAUUCUGAUGGAGAUGUUUCCAGGGACAGAACGGACUCCCACUGGAAUAAGUGCCACCUGCCGCAGGCCCAUAAAAGGGGCGGCAGGGAGGCCCGUGCAGUUCAAGUACCCUGACACUCCGUCCAGCCCCGGUACUAAAGAGAGGCGGGAGCUUCAGCGCCAUCUGGUGCCGAAAUGGAUCCAGAUGCUGGUCUUUCUGUUGGUGGCCUUCCUCUUCUACCUCAUUUUCAGUGCGAUGCAGGAUGCCCUGGACAGGCCCUCCACUGUGCUGCUUGACCGUUCUGGCCACGAGGGAGAGUUGCUAGGGAAUCUGUCAUCCUUUGCCACCUCAGAGGAUCCUCCCUUGGUCGCUGGGGAGGAGUAACUUCUGCUACCUCGGUCUGGCUCUUUCUAUUGGUUUCCAUAGCAACGGAGGGAAAAAAUUUGCCAGACAAACAAACACUGGCACUCUUUUAUAAAGCUUAAUCUCCAUGUAAAGGAAAGGGGGAUCCUUCAAUUGGAUUUAUUUGUAUUUUUUUUUUUGAAUGAAAAUGAGUAAAUACUGAAUUUAAAAAUAGAUUGUUUUAUAUGAUGUCUGUGUGUGUGUGCACUUUGAGCCAGAAGCGGUUGUAUGGAAAUAGUAGAAGCCAAACUGCUGUCCGUUUACAGUCAAUUAUGCAGUCCAGUCUAGGUAAGAGGAAGCUCAAGGCGGAUGGUGUAUCAACAGCAACCACAGCCUGGCGAAAGUGAUCUUAUACAUUUUAGUCUAAGGACCUUCCACUCAUCAUUAAAGGAUUUAACUUGU